CUUAAAUCUGGCGUCACUGGCGUAGCUACGUACUCGCGAUGUGCUCGCGAAGUGCGGCGCUUUGGAAUCUGUCCGGUUUUUGAAGAAAUAUGGCGGAUGUGGAGCUAACAAAAGCUUUGAAGGAUCUACCAAAUCGAAUUCAGACCGCUAGCAAAAAGGAGCGGCGUGAGAUUCUACAGAAUGUCGUCAACGUGUUGUCAAAUCCCGGCAUUAAUGAGAAAAUUGUUAAUGGCAUAUGUAAGGUGGUAUCAAUCACCUUACAUAGAUACAAGGACAGUACUUCUCAGUCCUACGUGAAAAAUCUAAUUGUGGAAUUACUUAAAAAACAACCGGAGGCUACCAUCAAAUAUAUGACAACUGUAAUUUCAGAGCAAGCCACUUGGCAUAAGAAUGUAGUUGCAACGUUAAAUACCGCUCGAACUGCAUAUAUUGCACUGCAAUGGUCGACUUUAGUCAUUCUUCAUACAUAUACCGAGAUGUGGGAGAUUACUGUUUUAUUACGACUUAUUGAGGCACAGGCAAAUUUAUCUGCUGCAGCUUUAGCGUCCACAGAUAAGAAACUCUCGGAGAAAGUGUAUACAUUACUCGCACGCGAAUGGACAACUAUUAAGGACGUAUAUGGUAUAGAACUUUUUUAUGUGGCUAAUUUAACAAAAUUGGAGAUCGGCAAUGGCGUGAUUAUCCUAGCCAGCUUGCUUACAAAAUAUUUAGUCGCCAUGAAAAGGGACGAUUUAGUGGAACACUGCUUAAAGAAAAACAUGAUAGACGUUUUUAUAAAAGUGGCGAUCAGUUGUAAGAAGAAACCGGAUUUAUAUGUAGUCGAUGUGGCUGCGCCGCUUCUUCGGAGAUUAAGUCACGAAGAAUUUAAGACCCAGUUGCUUCCUGCUUUGCAAAAAGCUAUGCUGCGAAACCCGGAGAUCAUAAUCGAAUCGGUUGGUCACAUUCUGAAUGGAUUAAGUCUCGACUUGAGUCAAUAUUGUCAGGAGAUCAGCAAAGGAUUAUUCGCCAAUUUGCAUUCUAAGGAGGAUCUAGUUCGCGACGAAGCGGUCGCGGCUUGCCGCAAACUCGCUAUGCAAUGCUCCGACACGACGGCUUUGGAAACAUUGCUGUCGUCCGUGUUCGCGGUGUUUCACGGAUCCGAGGGCAAGCUCACGGUCGUGAUUCACAAGAUCUCCGUGCUGCAAGGCGCCGGCAAUCUCAGUUACAACGUGGCGUCGGGCAGCAGCGUGCAGAAACUGGCGGAAACAGCCUGCGAGCAUUUUGUCAAAGUGCUCGAGACGGAGGUCCACGAGAAAACGUUGAUACACGCCCUCGAAAUGAUGACGCUGUGGUCGAAAAAGUUGAACAGCGUGCCGAAACUCGUGGUGGACGCUUUCAAGAAGGGCAUGGCGGCGAAGACGUCCACCGCCGCGGUGCGCACCGCUUAUAUCAAAUUGUUCUUCUCGAUCUCCGCCACUUCCUACUCGGGAGUGAUAGCGCCGAUCCUCGCGCAAGCGAUAACCCGAGCUACGCAGCAGUGCGCGCAGCCGACGGCGGUGACCGAGGGCCUGGUCGCCUCGUAUCUGCUGCUGAAAUUCAUAAUAGCCGAUCAGGUCGAGAACGACAAGCAGAGUGUGCUUUGGAACGCGAUCGACGAACAGAUAUUCUUCUCGGAGAAGUUCCUGUCGACGUGCGGCGACGACAUCCUGUACCACCUCAUGCUACUCUGCGAACGGCUCAUUAUCGAGUUUUCCGAUCGACUGAACGAGAAGGCUCUGACCGGCAUUCACCGCGCGAUUGUUUCGUGCGCCACCGCUCCGAACUCGACGACGAGGCAACGGUGCUCUCCGUUGAUCAAGAAGAUUCUGACGAAUCUCAGCAGCUAUGCACCAGCGCAGGCUCUGUUAACGGAGUUCAACAGGUUCUUGGAAAACGUCAAGAUCAAAUCGGAAUCGGACAAGGAAACCAGGGAGGAAUCUUCGAUGGGAGAGAUCACCGGCAGGUGUCUCGCCGACGGAUUAUUCGCCAUUUGCUCGGGUUCAUUCUUGUUCGAGGCGGCCAAUUAUCAGAUAACCAGAGACGCUCUACUUCCAUCUCAUCAUCCGGCGCUGAUCAAAGCUGUGCCGAAUCUGUGGUUCAAAAUCGCUAAAAAUUACAACCUCGUACCGAAGGAUUUCCUACGCAGUUACAGCAACGAGGUGAAGAAGAUGCUGAUCCAAAAUUACAAGCCGACGCCGAAUUACGAAAACGCGCUUAUAAGGAUUAUGUCGCUCGCGCCGGACGCCUUCUUGCCCGCGCUGGUGUCGAACGUCACGAGUAAACUGGACGAUCCGGAGAUUUUGAGAGUUACCAAGGACGAGUAUUUUACGUAUCUCACACCCGAAGGCGAGCUUUACGACAAGAGCGUGCUGCCCGUCAACGACGAGAACGAUAUUCUCAAUUCUAUGAACAUGAAGAGAGAAAGCAAGGUCUACUCGUUCAAGGAGCAGCAGGAGGAGCUCCAACUGAGGCGCGAGUUGUACGAGAAGCGGAAGCGGGAGGGCAAGAUAAAGGAGCCAAAGUUGACGCCCAAACAGGAGGAGACGCUGAAGGCGCAGAUCGCGAAGGAGAACGGCAUUCGCAAGAGAUUGACCGAGCUGAAGGCCAAGAUAGACAACACCGUGUCUCUAACGACGUGCUCGAUACGCGGCAAUCGGCAGGAGCUGUCCCUGUACUUGAAGGACCUUCUGCCGCCGAUUUUGAAGAACCUGGGCUCUCCGCUGGCGGCUCCCGAGAUGUCGGAACUUUAUGUGGCCCUUCGCCGAACGGUGACGAUAGACAACAGCGCGAUCCUCGGCGACCUCAUCGCUCACGUAACUCUACGGCAGCUGCAGCCGCAAUGCGACCUGGAUCCAGCCUGGGAAGAAGAGAACCUCGACGUGGCGGUGAAAAGGACAUUGAACCUCAUUUACGCGGUGACAAUCAAGAAGAAGGAGCUGUUCACGGCGCCCGCGUUCUGUUACGUUUUCCCUUUCAUAAGGAAAACCCUGCUGUCGUACAAGGACGACGGCAUGAUCGUGCAGGGACUGCAAUUGAUUCAGGAGCACGCGAAGCAGAGGAGCGGCACCAACGACCUGAAGGACAUCAGGCACCCCAGACUCCUGCCGCGCAAGCAGAUGUUCGAUUUGCUCAUCGAGCUUAUGGAGACUACGACUGGCCGCGUGCAGUCGCACGCGGUGGCGACGCUGCUGGAUGUCGCGCAGUCGGGCAGCGGCCAGCCGGGCACCGCGAUCGCCACCAGCGAGGACAUCGACUCGUUGAUCGGCGCGCUGCAAAAUUCGCUGUCGACCGUGCGCGAUGCGGCGCUCAGAGGGCUGACGGUGAUACGUCAGGCCUUCCCGUCGCAAAAGGAAGACCAGGAUCAGCUCGACAGGCUCACCAGACGAGUGUGGAUCGCGCGGUUCGACGUGGACGACGAGAACAAGAUCCUCGCCAACGAGCUGUGGAACUCGGCUGACUUUAGCGCGCAGGCGGAGAUCCUCUGCGAGGAACUCAUCCAGGACAUCGCUCAUCCGGUCGAACCGGUGCAGCAAGCGGCCGCUCACGCGCUGGCGCAAAGCUUGGCCAGCGUGCCGCACUUAACGCCGUCCGUGCUGGACAAUUUGUUGCAGCUCUAUCAGGAGAAACUCGCCAUGAUCCCGCCGAAGCUGAACGACUUCGGCCGCGUGAUCGAGCAGCCGAUCGACACGUGGGGUCCGCGGCGCGGCGUCGCGCUCGCCCUGGCGCAGAUAGCGCCGUUCCUCACCGCCGACACGAUACACCGGCUCAUCCAGUUCUUCGUUUUGACCGGGCUGGGCGACAGGAAUCAAUCGGUGCGCACCGAGAUGCUGACGGCGGCCGUCGCGGCGGUCGAUCUGCACGGCAGCGCGAACAUCGCCUCGCUUCUGCCGGUCUUCGAGGACUUUAUGGACAAGGCGCCGAAGAUCGGCAGCUUCGAUUCCAUCAAACAGUCGGUGGUGAUACUGAUGGGAUCGCUGGCGAGGCAUCUGGACAAAAACGAUCCGCGGAUCAAGCCGAUCGUGAUGCGCCUCAUCGCGGCGCUCUCCACGCCGUCGCAACAGGUGCAGGAGGCGGUGGCCAAUUGUCUGCCGCAUCUGACGGAUUCUAUCAAGGAGGACGCGCCGAAAAUCGUGGACAAUCUUAUGGACCAGUUGCUCAAAUCGGACAAGUACGGCGAGCGCAAGGGCGCGGCCUACGGACUCGCGGGUCUCAUCAAAGGUAUGGGAAUUCUCGCCUUGAAGCAGCUGGAUAUUAUGAGCAAACUGACGAACGCUAUCCAGGACAAGAAGAAUUACAGGCACCGCGAAGGAGCGUUGUUCGCCUUCGAGAUGCUGUGCACGAUGCUCGGCAGGCUGUUCGAGCCUUACAUCGUUCACGUUUUACCGCAUUUGUUGCUGUGCUUCGGCGACUCGAGUCAGUACGUGAGAACCGCUACUGAUGACACUGCCAGAGUAGUUAUGAGUAAACUUUCCGCCCAUGGCGUUAAACUGGUACUGCCGAGUCUGCUGGCAGCUCUCGAAGAAGAUUCCUGGAGAACGAAAACAGGCUCGGUCGAGUUACUCGGCGCAAUGGCGUACUGUGCGCCGAAACAAUUAAGUAGCUGUUUGCCGAGCAUUGUUCCUAAGCUGAUAGAGGUGCUUAGCGAUUCCCACACGAAAGUACAAGAAGCUGGCGCGGAGGCGCUCAAAGUUAUCGGAAGCGUUAUUCGCAAUCCGGAGAUUCAAGCCAUUGUGCCGGUAUUGCUGAAAGCUCUGCAAGAUCCGUCACACAAAACUGCCACUUGCCUGCAAACAUUGCUGGACACGCAAUUCGUGCAUUUCAUCGACGCUCCCUCACUGGCUUUAAUCAUGCCUGUCGUGCAACGCGCUUUUCUCGACCGCUCGACGGAGACGAGAAAGAUGGCCGCGCAGAUCAUCGGCAACAUGUACUCGCUAACGGAUCAAAAGGAUCUGACUCCUUAUCUACCGACAAUCAUUCCAGGUUUGAAGACCAGCUUGCUCGAUCCCGUGCCAGAAGUGCGCAGCGUGUCGGCACGAGCGCUGGGCGCGAUGGUACGCGGAAUGGGCGAAUCGAGUUUUGAAGAUCUGCUGCCCUGGCUGAUGCAGACGCUCACCUCCGAGACCAGCAGCGUCGACCGAUCCGGCGCCGCUCAGGGUCUGUCCGAGGUGGUGCGCGGACUCGGCGUCGAAAAGCUGCACAAGCUCAUGCCCGAGAUCAUCAGCACCGCCGAGAGAACCGACAUCGCUCCCCACGUGAAGGACGGCUACAUCAUGAUGUUCAUAUACAUGCCGAGCGCGUUCACCACGGAGUUCACGCCGUACAUCGGGCAGAUCAUCAAUCCGAUUCUGAAGGCGUUGGCCGACGAGAACGAGUACGUGCGGGAGACCGCGCUGCGAGCGGGACAACGUAUCGUCACACUUUACGCUGACUCGGCGAUAAUGUUGCUGCUGCCGGAGCUGGAGAAGGGUCUCUUCGACGACAACUGGCGCAUACGAUAUUCGUCCGUGCAACUGCUCGGCGAUCUGCUGUACAGAAUCUCCGGCGUGUCGGGCAAGAUGUCGACCGAAACGGCCAGCGAGGACGAUAAUUUCGGCACGGAACAGUCGCAUUACGCCAUCAUCAACGCUCUAGGCGCCGAGAGACGAAACCGCGUUCUAGCCGGUCUUUACAUGGGUCGGUCGGACGUAGCACUGAUGGUACGCCAGGCUGCUCUUCACGUCUGGAAAGUAGUGGUGACGAAUACGCCAAGAACACUGCGAGAAAUAUUGCCGACUCUGUUCACCCUUCUGUUGGGAUGCCUGGCGAGUACGAGUUAUGACAAGAGGCAGGUGGCCGCGCGAACGCUUGGCGAUCUCGUUCGAAAAUUGGGCGAGCGAGUGUUGCCGGAAAUUAUACCGAUUUUGGAGAAGGGUCUGCAGAGCGAUCAGGCCGAUCAGCGCCAAGGCGUGUGCAUAGGCCUGUCAGAAAUCAUGGCCAGCACCAACAAAGACAUGGUGCUGACCUUCGUUAUUAGCCUCGUGCCAACAGUGAGGAAAGCGCUCUGCGAUCCGCUGCCGGAAGUGCGACAAGCCGCGGCCAAGACCUUCGACGGUUUGCACUCGACGGUGGGCGUUCGCGCGCUCGACGACAUACUGCCAGCGAUGUUGACGCAGCUGAACUCGCCGGACCCGGCCGAGGCGGAAAACACCCUGGACGGUUUGCGCCAAGUAAUGGCGAUCAAGUCGCGCGUCGUACUGCCGUAUCUAGUCCCGCAACUGGCCUCGCCGCCAGUUAACACGAAAGCACUGUCGAUACUGGCCAGCGUGGCGGGCGAAGCGCUGACGAGGUUUCUGCACAGAAUUCUUCCAGCGUUGCUCACUGCUCUUUCCAGCGCGCAAGGAACGUCGAACGAGCUGCAGGAAUUAGAGUACUGCCAGGCCGUCGUUCUUUCCGUCACCGACGAAGUAGGCGUCAGGACUGUGAUGGAUCAACUGAUGGAGGCCACAAGAGCGGAGGACCUCUCGAAGCGGCGCAGCGCCGCGACGUUGCUCUGCGCGUUCUGCCGCGACACGCGCGCCGAUUAUAGCCAGUACGUGCCGCAACUCCUGCGCGGUCUCAUUCACCUAUUCACCGACGAGGACAGAGAUGUGUUGCAAAUGAGCUGGGAAGCGCUCACCGCGGUGACCAAGACUCUGUCGUCCGAGCAGCAGAUUGCGCACGUGCAGGACAUCAGGCAGGCCGUACGAUUCGCCGUGUCUGACUUAAAAGGUCAGGACCUGUUGCCCGGAUUCUGUCUUCCCAAAGGAAUCACGCCGAUUCUGCCGAUCUUCAGAGAAGCUAUACUAAACGGCUUACCGGACGCGAAAGAGCACGCGGCUCAAGGCCUGGGCGAGGUCAUCAGAUUGUCCAGCGCGGCUGCGUUGCAGCCAAGUGUCGUGCACAUUACCGGUCCACUUAUUCGGAUCUUAGGCGACCGUUUCAACUGGAGCGUCAAAGCGGCUGUGCUCGAGACACUUGCGAUAUUACUCGGAAAGGUUGGCGUUAUGCUGAAACAAUUCUUACCGCAAUUGCAAACCACUUUCUUGAGGGCGUUGAACGACAGCAAUCGGCAGGUCAGGUUGAAGGCAGCUUACGCUCUCAGUAACCUGAUUGUCAUCCACACUCGCGUCGAUCCUUUAUUCACGGAACUUCACACUGGUAUCAAAACGGGGGAUGAUCCUGCGAUAAGGGAAACGAUGCUGCAAGCUCUGAGAGGCGUGCUGACCCCGGCUGGUGAUAAAAUGACAGAUCCGAUGAAGAAACAAGUUUUCGCAACGCUCAGCAGCAUGCUUAGCCAUCCGGAAGAUGUUACGAGAAACGCCGUUGCUGGUUGCUUCGGCGCUCUAAUGCGGUGGUUGAAUCCAGAUCAAUUAGCGAUCGCACUUAACGAUCACCUCUUGUGUAACGAUGUUAACGCUGAGUGGAUGCUCAGACAUGGACGUUCAGCUGCACUGUUCGUGGUGUUGAAGGAAUCGCCCAUCACGGUGUACAAUCCCAAAGACAAGGACCGCGUCUGCACGGUGAUACUGUCGUAUCUAGCCGCAGACAGGGUUCAGAUAGUCAUGAACGGUGUGCGAGCGUGCGGUUACCUAUUUCAGUAUCUCAUGAACGAGUCGCAAUCUAUACCGCAGCAGAUUCUGUCACCUUUUGUGAGGUCGAUGAAUAAUAACAGCAAUGACGUGAAGCAGCUGCUCGCCCGCGUUUGCAUCCAUCUUGCGCGCAACAUACCGCCCGAGAACAUGUCGCCCGAACUGCUCAGAGCGCUUCUGCCGAUGCUAGUUAACGGGACGAAAGAGAAGAAUGGAUACGUCAAAGCGAAUAGCGAACUCGCGCUUAUCGCGGUGCUUCGGCUGAGGCAGGGCGAAGAAGAGCAUCAGCGUUGCAUGGCUUUCUUGGACGCUGGUGCGAGAGAGUCUCUAUCCGAUGUGGUCAGCAAAGUGUUGCGUAAAGUUCUCUCCCAGCCGGAGGGCAAAAUAGAGGAAUUAGACGAUACGCUACUCACGUGAGAGACAUUGUACUUCCCGGGGCUGAUUACGCACUAUACCCGUUUCAGUAACCGUAUUAUCCGCCAUUACUCGCCCGACCCUUAUAAGAAAGAGAUUUAUCGUUCGUGUAUCAAUUACAUUAUGGACAAACUAGCUCAUUCAAUCUUGUAUCUCGGUAAGCAAUUAAAAUGCGUCAAGCGCAACAGUCGCUCGAUGGCAUUCAAGUUACUUAAACUAAAAUAUCCUGAGUGUCAAGCGAUUCGAACUAGGAUUGUACAUACUUUUACGAGAGAUGUUUUUUAUGAUUAUUCAUAUAUUAUUCGUAUGUCGACAGUCUGACGUCUAACGACUCGAACGUCGAUAAUUGCGCCCCGAUUCGCACGAGUGUCUUCACACCUGAGAGAUCGGAGGUGACAGUCGGUAUCCGUUAUCGGCGUUCGUCUUGUUGGAGAUAUAAGACUUAUUAUUUAAGCCGUUGCUUUGUUUACAAACGCAUCAAACAAAUUGCGUUACGGACUCUUUGCGCUCCCAUACUACGCAUAUUAUACUGCAUCAGGAAAGCGGUUCUUCUCACUCGUCGUGAAGAAAGAGUAUUCGAUGAAAGAAUUUACAAAUAAAAAUUUCGAAUUUUAAAUUCGAAAAUCGAGAAAAACAAUUUAAUUAUUCGCGUAAUAUAAGCAACGUGGCGGCAGGCUGUAUAGAAACUAUUUGCUUAUUUCUAACAGAUUUGUCCGUUUUGCUUGCACUUUCUAUGUAUUUUUGCACCAAGUAUGUGAAUGGUGGGAAAAAAUCGCGACAUCGUGGAUAAAAAUCGUCAUGUGAAUUUUAUUUACGCGAUGUGGCAAUCUUUUUCGUCUACACAUUAAAUUGCGUUGUAGGGAAUCACGCGAGAAGUACUCUCUGAAAAAUUUAUAGUUUUCCGCACUUUGUCGUUCCAGCUAUUUAUUCCAAGUAAUUAAAUGAAUUAUAUUCCGAGAAAGCACGUUCACUUAUACUGAGUACCUGAGAAAAGUGCAAGCGAAACGUACAGAUUCCUCGAGAGAACAUUGACAAUGAAUUGUUUACUAUUGCAAUAUUGUUUUGUAGUUAUAUGUGUGUAAUGACGUAGAUUAUAUUCCAGAAAAUAUAAGGUAUAAAUGUUGCCAGCAGAUCUCGAAUAUGAGCAAACUUUGAUGACACGGAUAUGUCCGAGAUUGCUCGGUGAAUUUGAUCAAAUUGGGGAUCUGCCUAUAAAGAGAAUAUUAAGUCGGUUCAAGUUGCUCCGGGAUGCCGCGAUACUUCUGGCUCGAUUUAUUCAAAUUUCUUUACUUUUUUAGGCGUUACGCUCCACAUCAAAUCUCGCAUCUGUCGAUUUCCGCAAUACGCAACUCGCUCGCAUCCACGCUGCGUUCCAUCGCGUUCACGCGGUUGUAACAGUUUUUUCAAAUGUGCGUUGGAUAAUCGCAGGAUUUUGUACUUUUAUAUAAUUUCUAACAACCAAUCGAAGUGUUUUUGCUUGCAUGACGCAAUUAUGGAUAAUUGUUCUUUUCUCACAAAGAUAAAACUGAGGAUUUCUUCUCAGCGCUGCAAUAUCAGCGCUGAAUAUCAGCGCUCCUUUGUGACAAACACGUUGAAACGCAGGAAAAAUGAAUCAGAAGCAACAAUAUGCAUCAAAAGUAAUACUUGACUAAACGUUACUAAUGAAGUAUUGAGUUUUGUAUUUUACUUUUUUUCCGUGCUUUGAGGAAUUUCUAUAAAUAUAUCGGAUUGAUUUUCUUCAUUCAUCAAAUAAAAUUAAAUUAUGAACAAGAUGUACUAAUCAGAUUUUUGCUUUCAAGGUUUUCAGUACAAGUAAUUUUAAUCUUAAUAACAAAUUCUUAAUUCUGAGUUUAGCAGCCGCUUUUUCUUAAACGAAUAUUGUUUAAGAAAGGUAAAUUAUUGUAAUUUUCUAAAUUUUUAUAUUAUAUAUUAAUUUAAUUAAAAGACUCGAAUCAGUGUCUCAAGCCUUAAUUUGCAUUUAUAAAUUCCACGCAAUGAAAUAUUUUAUUGAAGCGUUAUAAGCAAACUAGCGAUGCCGAGGAAAAAGCAGUAAAAUGUCGGAUCGGAAAUACGUAAUAGAAAAGUGUCAAACAGGACGAUGGCAAGCGGUGGCAAGCGGUGGCAAGCGGUGGCAAGCGGUGACUAGCGGUGACUUCCUAUCGAUGCGCUAAAGUUUUUCUUUUUGUUUUUCAUUAAUGUUAACGGACCUAUUAUAUAAUUUUUAUUUAUCACAUUUUAAAUAUAAUUUUAUAUUCAUCAGUUAUGUAUGCCAUGAUUAUAUGUGAUAUAAAUAGAAUGAUGCCCUGAC